AUGUCAGAAUCUCGAUCGCAUGAUACCCCGCGCAGUAGACCUCACAAACGACACACCUCGCAUCGACGGCGGCGCGAUGUCGAUGAUUUCGACGAACGGUGGGGUGACGAGGAAGUUGUCGAAGACAUAGACCAGACGUCAGAACCCGAAUUCGCUGAGUCGUCCUCCAAGCGAGUAAAACUCUCCAAUGGCUCUGCUGAAAGCGCGGCUCGUCGCACUUCUCCUUCCCCUCCCCCUCCUGAGACCACAGAGGAUCAAGACCGCAAAGACCGGGACGAAUUUGCAAAGAGGCUCGCGAAGCGAGAUGAAGAGCGCCAGAAGAAGAUCGUUGAGGACCGCUCGGCCGCAAAAGACAGUGUGACUGCGCAGAGGAGAGCGUUAGCCGAUGACGCAGCUGCUCGAACGGCCGCAAUGCCCGAUCUGAGGAUUCGUUCGAGGCAGGAUUAUCUCAAGAAGCGAGAGGCCGAACGACUGGCUUUGCUCAGACAACAGGUUGCCGAAGAACAGCGCGAGCUAAGGGAUAACCCUGACCUGACCAGGAGAGAAAAGGAGGAGUUUGCGAGGAACAAAGAGGUGUUGAGGUUGGCCGAGGAGAGACUGAAUAUUGACGACCAUCUCGACGGUUAUGCUUUACCAGAAGAUUACAUCACGGAGAAGGGGAAAAUCGACAAGCGCAAGAAGGAGCAGGCUUUGUAUCAGAGAUAUGUGGAUAGGGACGAGAUGGGCCGAGAGAAAUAUGUCACAGAGCACGAGGAGUGGGAGAAGGAACAAACGAAGCGAGCUGAGGCUCAGAUCAAAAAGUCGGAAUUUGUGGAUGAAGGCGACUACGGUUAUGUGUUUGACGAGAGCCAGCAGAUGAAGUUCGUCAUGUCCGAAACCCUAGGAGGAGAUCUGGGAAAGGGCCUGACUCGCGAGCAGAGAGAACUGGCUGAACGGAUCAACGCAGCUGAGGCCAAGGCCAAGAGUAUGGAAGAAACGAGGAAAAGUCUACCAGUGUACCAAUAUCGUGAUCAGAUCAUCGAGGCCGUCAAAGAGCAUCAGGUGUUGAUCAUUGUUGGCGAGACUGGAAGUGGCAAGACCACGCAGCUGCCGCAGUAUCUCCAUGAAGCUGGUUACACCAAAGGUGGCAUGAAGAUCGGGUGUACACAACCACGGCGAGUUGCCGCCAUGUCGGUGGCAGCAAGAGUUGCAGAUGAGAUGGGAAAACGCUUAGGCAACGAAGUCGGAUAUGCCAUUCGUUUCGAGGACAACACCAGCGAGAAAACCGUGUUGAAAUAUAUGACAGAUGGGAUGCUGCUCAGAGAGCUUCUUACGGACCCAGAGCUGUCGCAGUACUCGGCACUGAUGAUUGACGAGGCCCAUGAACGAACGGUGAGCACUGACAUUGCAUGCGGAUUGUUGAAGGACAUAGCCAAGGCUCGACCUGACCUCAAGCUGUUGAUCUCUUCUGCGACCAUGGAUGCACGAAAGUUUCAGAAAUAUUUCGACGAUGCCCCCAUCUUCAACAUCCCCGGUCGACGAUACGCAGUCGACGUACAUUACACUGCACAACCCGAGGCAAACUACCUCGCGGCUGCCAUCACUACCGUCUUUCAAAUUCACAUUACUCAGCCCAGUGGCGAUAUCCUAGUCUUCUUAACCGGUCAAGAGGAAAUUGAAGCUAUGGAGCUCAACUUACAGGAGACUGCACGGAAGUUGGGUAACAAGAUCAAGGAAAUGAUCAUAUGUCCGAUUUAUGCCAACCUGCCGACAGAUCUCCAGGCCAAAAUCUUUGAGCCGACUCCGCCCAAUGCCAGAAAAGUGGUUCUAGCCACAAAUAUUGCUGAAACUUCAUUGACAAUUGACGGGAUCGUGUAUGUCAUUGACCCUGGAUUUGUCAAGGAGAACCAGUACAAUCCGCGCACAGGGAUGGAGUCGUUGGUGGUGGUACCUUGCAGUCGUGCAUCGGCGGGACAACGUGCCGGCCGCGCGGGUCGUGUAGGGCCUGGUAAGUGUUUCCGGCUAUACACAGCGCAGGCAUAUAAGAACGAAUUGGACGAGAACACGACGCCGGAGAUCCAGAGAACCAACCUCUCGGGUGUUAUUCUCAUGCUCAAAAGUUUGGGUAUCAACGACCUUCUCGAUUUUGACUUUAUGGAUCCGCCAUCUACGGAUACAAUCGUUCGUGCUGUCGAACAGCUGUACGCUCUUGGGGCACUGAACAAUGCUGGGGAGUUGACCAAGGUUGGUCGCCAAAUGGCCGAAUUCCCCACCGAUCCCACGCUGGCACGAUCCAUCUUGGCCGCGGAUAAAUAUGGCUGUACUGAAGAGAUUCUGUCUAUUAUUGCCAUGCUCGGCGAGGCGUCUGCGUUGUUCUUCCGACCCAAAGACAAGAAGAUCCAUGCAGAUAGCGCAAGAGCGAGAUUUACCAACAAAGAAGGCGGAGAUCACCUUUCGCUGCUCAAUAUCUUCAACGAAUGGACAGACUCUGACUAUAGUCUUGUUUGGGCUAAAGAAAACUUUUUGCAGCAACGAAGCCUGACGCGGGCGCGAGAUGUCCGAGACCAGCUGGCACGGCUUUGCGACCGAGUGGAGGUGGACCCUUCAAAGACCUGUGGCGGUCAGUCCAACAUUGAACCCAUCCAGAAGGCUAUCACGGCAGGAUUUUUCCCUCACUCGGCGCGAUUGCAACGGGACGGACAGAGCUAUCGAACGGUCAAGAACGGGCAGGUGGUCUACAUCCAUCCUUCUAGUGUUCUGAUUGAGAGCCAGCCCAAGUGGACCAUCUACCACGAACUGGUGCUGACGAGCAAGGAAUACAUGCGCAGUUGCAUGCCCCUGAAACCAGAAUGGCUUAUUGAAGUGGCGCCACAUUACUACAAGAAGAAGGAUCUCGAGUCGUUGGGAGUCGAGAGGAAAGUCCCCAGGGGCGAGGGUAAAGCGCAAAGCAAGAUCUGA